GUCAUUAUGUGCCAGGCAUUAUUCUUGGUACUUGGGAUAUAUCAAUGAACAAAGCAAACAAAAGUCCCUGUUCUGAUGAAGCUUAUGUUCUAAUACAGGGUGAAAGACAAUUUACAGCAAUCACAGCAUAAAUGAUAUGGUGCAUUAGAAUGUGAUAAGUGCUAUGGGUCUGGUGGACUGGGAGUCCAGAUGGGUGAGGGUUAUUUUAAGUAGAGUAGUGAAGAAUUGCCUCAGUGAGCUGGUGGUGAUUGGGCAAAGACUUGAAAGAGAAGAGGAAGUGAGCUUUGCAAUUACUAAGACAGAGCACAUUCCAGGCAGACAGAAGAGCCAGCACAAAAGCCCUGAUAGGAUUGUGACUGGUAUGCUCUCAAACAGCAAGAAGCUGGGUGUGGCAGAACAAGUAGGCAAAGGGGUGAGUAGUGUAAAAUGAGGUCAGAAAGACAAUGAGGGAUGGAGGCAGACCUUGUGGGAUCUUGUAGGCUACUAUGAGAAUUCAUGAUGAAGCAAUUGCAAUAGAAGCAAAAAUUGACAAAUGGGACCUAAUUAAACUGAAGAGCUUCUGCACAGCAAAAGAAACUAUCAAGAAACAGACAACCUACAGAAUGGGAGAAAAUCUUUGCAAACUAUGCAUCUGACAAAGGUCUAAUAUCCAGCAUCUAUAAGAAAUUUAAAUUUACAAUUAAAAACAACCCUAUUAAAAAGUGGGCAAAGGAUGUGAACAGACAGUUCUCAAAAGAAGACAUACAUACUGCCAACAAUCAUAUGAAAAAAAGCUAAACAUCACUGAUCAUUAGAGAAAUGCAAAUCAAAAUCACAAUGAGAUACCAUCUCACACCAGUCAAAAUGGCUAUUAUUAAAAACUCAAAGAAUUACAGAUGCUGGUGAGGUUGUGAAGAAAAAGGAGCACUUACAAACUGUUGGUGGGAGUGUAAAUUAGUUCAAUCAUUGUAGAAAACAGUGUGGCAAUUCCUCAAAGACCUAAAGACAGAAAUAUCAUUCGAGCCAACAAUUCCAUUACUGGGUAUAUACCCAAAGGAAUAUAAAUUAUUCUAUUAUAAAGACACAUGCAUGCAUAUGUUAAUUGCAGCACUAUGCACAAUAGCAAAGACAUGGAAUCAACCUAAAUGCCCAUCAAUCAUAGACUGGACAAAGAAAAUGUGGUACAUAUACAGCAUGGAAUACUAUGUAGCCAUAAAAAAGAAUGAGAUCAUGUUCUUUGCAGGCACAUGGAUGGAGCUGGAGGCCAUUAUCCUCAGCAAACUAACACAGGGACAGAAAGCCAAAUACUGCAUGUUAUCAUAAGUGGGAGCUAAGAUGAGAACACACGGACACAUGGAGGGGAACACACUGGGGCCUAUCAAAGGGUAGAGGGUGGUAGAGAAAGAGGAUCAGGAAAAAUAACUAAUGGGUACUAGGCUUAAUACCUGGGUGACAAAAUAAUCUGCACAACAAACCCCCAUGAUACAUGUUUACCUGUGUAACAAACCUGCAUGUGUACCCCUCAACUUAAAAGUUUUUUUUUUUUUAAAAAAGAGAAAAAAAGAAAAAAUGGCAUGGGUCUGAAAUAAUUUCUGCAGGUGGAGACUGAGCCUGGCCUUGCAUGAAAAAAUAGAUAACUGCCAUGCAAAUUUGAGGAAAGCCAAGUUCAAAUAGACCAUGAGGGCCAAAUCGGCAUAAAUUUCUCUUCUUUCUCUAACUUAUUUGUGUGGAAAUGUGGAAAAAAUAAACAGCCUCCCAGACUGAAGGAUUUUGAAGGUUCGUAUUCUAGCUUUGGGAAAAAAGGUAACAAGAAAGCAAGAGAGUUUAAAGCCAUGGGAAAAUACUCUGGGACAAGGAUAGAGAAAGUACAGUGAAGCCAGGAAGAGUCUAGUAGUUUAAAUAAAUAUUAAACGAUGUGGCAUAAAAAUGUUAAAUUCUAUUGCAAAUACCUAAUGAUUACUUAUAAUUUAAUCUUUGAUAAUUUAGUCUUCAAAAAGAUAUUUUUCUUGGUUAAAAUCAUAUUUGCUUUCUUUCUUAGGCAAAAUAACUUUAGAGAGUAUUUCUCUAGAUGCUACCUACAAGUGCUGCCUAGAUGCCCUCAGGUGGAUUCUCCUUCUGGUUCAGCAGUCAGUAGCUCAGCUGCAGGCACUUUCUUGUCCCCUUUGACUAAGUGGAAACUUUGAAAGGUCUAUAGUUUUUGAAAAAAGAUGCAUUUUCUCAAAUUUGUAACCUAAACCACUUAAGAAGUUGAAUUUAACUUCACAGAUGGUUUUACAGGAAAUAAAAGAUCAAGUGCUCACAAGGUUAAAUUUCAGGAAAGCCUUCUUGGAUACAAGAUAAAGGCGGGGUGUAAAGUGAAAACAAAAGUAGCUGGAGUUAGGUCAUUUGAUUUUAUACUCUGUACUCAAGACUGCUCCUCUCUGCCGAUUGCAACAGAUUGGAGCCAUGGCUUUGGAACAGAACCAGUCAACAGAUUAUUAUUAUGAGGAAAAUGAAAUGAAUAGCACUUAUGACUACAGUCAAUAUGAAUUGAUCUGUAUCAAAGAAGAUGUCAGAGAAUUUGCAAAAGUUUUCCUCCCUGUAUUCCUCACAAUAGCUUUCGUCAUUGGACUUGCAGGCAAUUCCAUGGUAGUGGCAAUUUAUGCCUAUUACAAGAAACAGAGAACCAAAACAGAUGUGUACAUCCUGAAUUUGGCUGUAGCAGAUUUACUUCUUCUAUUCACUCUGCCUUUUUGGGCUGUUAAUGCAGUUCAUGGGUGGGUUUUAGGGAAAAUAAUGUGCAAAAUAACUUCAGCCUUGUACACACUAAACUUUGUCUCUGGAAUGCAGUUUUUGGCUUGUAUCAGCAUAGACAGAUAUGUGGCAGUAACUAAAGUCCCCAGCCAAUCAGGAGUGGGAAAACCAUGCUGGAUCAUCUGUUUCUGUGUCUGGAUGGCUGCCAUCUUGCUGAGCAUACCCCAGCUGGUUUUUUAUACAGUAAAUGACAAUGCUAGGUGCAUUCCCAUUUUUCCCCGCUACCUAGGAACAUCAAUGAAAGCAUCGAUUCAAAUGCUAGAGAUCUGCAUCGGAUUUGUAGUACCCUUUCUUAUUAUGGGGGUGUGCUACUUUAUCACGGCAAGGACACUCAUGAAGAUGCCAAACAUUAAAAUAUCUCGACCCCUAAAAGUUCUGCUCACAGUCGUUAUAGUUUUCAUUGUCACUCAGCUGCCUUAUAACAUUGUCAAGUUCUGCCGAGCCAUAGACAUCAUCUACUCCCUGAUCACCAACUGCAACAUGAGCAAACGCAUGGACAUUGCCAUCCAAAUCACAGAAAGCAUUGCACUCUUUCACAGCUGCCUCAACCCAAUCCUUUAUGUUUUUAUGGGAGCAUCUUUCAAAAACUACAUUAUGAAAGUGGCCAAGAAAUAUGGGUCCUGGAGAAGACAGAGACAAAGUGUGGAGGAGUUUCCUUUUGAUUCUGAGGGUCCUACAGAGCCAACCAGUACUUUUAGCAUUUAAAGGUAAAACUGCUCUGCCUUUUGCUUGGAUACAUAUGAAUGAUGCUUUCCCCUCAAAUAAAACAUCUGCAUUAUUCUGAAACUCAAAUCUCAGACGUCAUGGUCGCAACUUAUAAUAAAGAAUGGGUUGGGGGAAGGGGGAGAAAUAAAAGCCAAGAAGAGGAAACAGGAUAAUAAAUGUACAAAACAUGAAAAUUAAAAUGAACAAUAUAGGAAAAUAAUUGUAACAGGCAUAAGUGAAUAACACUCUGCUGUAAAGAAGAAGAGCUUUGUGGUGAUAAUUUUGUUAUCUUGGUUGCAGUGGUGGUUAUACAAAUCUACACAAGUGAUAAAAUGACACAGAACUGUAUACACACAUUGUACCAAUUUCAAUUUCCUGGUUUUGACAUUAUAGUAUAAUUAUGUAAGAUGGAACCAUUGGGGGAAACUGGGUGAAGGGUACCCAGGACCACUCUGUACCAUCUUUGUAACUUCCUGUGAAUUUAUAAUAAUUUCAAAAUAAAAGAAGUUAAGAAAAACAAACCCACUAUGCUAUAAAGUUAGGCCAUCUAAAACAGAUUAUUAAAGAGGUUCAUGUUAAAAGGCAUUUAUAAUUAUUUUUAAUUAUCUAAGUUUUAAUACAAGAAUGAUUUCCUUGUAUAAUUUUAGUACUUGAAUAAGUAUGCAGCAGAACUCCAACUAUCUUUUUUCCUGUUUUUUCUUUUUUUAAUUUGUAAGUAAUUUUAUAAAAUCCACCUCCUCCAAAAAAGCGAUAAAAAAAAACAAACUAUAAUAAGCUUUUCUGAUUCUUUUCAAAACAUUCCUGGUAAGUUCCUAAAGACAUAAUUUGCUUCUAUGAUGUCAACUUUCUUACUAAUAACUGGCUAUCAUGACAAAUGUUAGGUUUAUCAUAUAUAGUCUAGGUGUAAUCCUCAGACUAUCAUUUUCAUUUGGGUUCCAAUUUCUUGACUUCCUAAAGAACUCAUGCAUUUAUAUGAGUCUACCACUGCCGAUUGACUAAAAAAUAUAUUAUCCCAUGCAUAAAAUGUCCUAUUUUCAUGUAAACACUUCAUUUUUGAGUAAUAAAAAUAUGUACCACAAAAA